CACUUGAGACUUUAGAUUCAAAAAAAUCUCAUGACUUUGUUGUGAACGUGUUACUCACAGAAUUCUCGCCUUCUCCUGGCGCGUAACAAACUCGUAGCUUUUCCACUGCCAUAACUCAUCCUUCUCUUUCGCUAUUCUGUUCACGCAUUCUUGUAUUCUUCCGUUUUUUUCUCUCCUGCCAAAAACUUUCGUUAUGCCAAUGAUUCUGGUUACCGGUGGUGCCGGAUACAUUGGUAGCCACACCGUCCUCCAGCUUCUCCUCGCCGGUUACAACGUAUUGGCCGUCGACAACUUCGACAACUCCUCUGCAGUCUCCAUAUCCAGAGUCAAGGAACUCGCCGGAAAAUUGGCAAAGAACUUUUCCUUUGUCGAGUUAGACUUGCGGAACAGAGCUGCGCUCGAGAAAGUUUUUACAAACCAAAAGUUUGAUGCUGUCAUACAUUUUGCUGGGCUGAAAGCAGUCGGUGAAAGUGUGCAGAAACCACUACUGUACUUUGACAACAACUUGAUUGGGACAAUCAUUCUAUUUCAAGUCAUGGUUGCCCAUGGAUGCAAGAAGCUUGUGUUCUCAUCUUCAGCAACUGUAUAUGGCUGGCCAAAGGAGGUUCCAUGUACCGAAGAAUUCCCUUUGUCAUCGACAAACCCAUAUGGAAGGACCAAGCUUAUCAUCGAAGAGAUGUGUCGUGAUCUCUACUGUGCGGAUUCAAAUUGGAAAAUUAUACUGUUGAGAUACUUUAAUCCAGUUGGUGCACAUCCUAGUGGUUUUAUUGGUGAGGAUCCUCGUGGAGUUCCGAACAAUCUCAUGCCCUUUGUUCAACAAGUGGCAGUUGGCAGACUCCCUUCACUGACAGUUUUUGGAAACGAUUAUAAAACAUGCGACGGCACUGGAGUUCGCGAUUACAUUCAUGUUGUUGACUUAGCAGAAGGGCACAUUGCUGCUUUGCGUAAACUGGAUGAUCCUAAAAUAGGUUGCGAAGUUUAUAACUUGGGAACAGGAAAGGGAACAUCAGUUUUGGAGAUGGUAAAGGCUUUUGAACAGGCCUCUGGAAAGAAAAUUCCACUUGCAAUGGGUGGUCGUAGACCUGGAGACGCUGAAAUUGUUUAUGCUUCAACGAAGAAAGCGGAAAAAGAACUUAAUUGGAAGGCUAAACACGGGAUCGAUGAUAUGUGUCGGGAUCAAUGGAACUGGGCUAGCAAAAACCCUUAUGGCUAUGGUAGAUCUGGAGAUUCCCCCAAGUGAUGCUUAUGAUUGUUAGAUUAAGUAUAGAUGUUUUCUUUUGGGGUCUUUUUGAACCCUGUCUCCCAAUAGGUCCUAAAGUUCUUACUUAGCCUUUCUAAGAUAGAAAAUCCUUUCUUAAUUAUGAAUUUCAAUAAUGUGGUAAAUAAGUAGUGGUUUUGUUUUGCUUUA